AUGGGCUCUGUGUCCAACCAGCAGUUCGCAGGUGGCUGUGCAAAAGCAGCGGAGGAGGCGGCUACCGGGGACGCGGCCCGGGCUGGCGAGGAGCCGCAGCCGCUCCACGGCGCCGGCAUCUGUAAGUGGUUUAAUGUGCGCAUGGGCUUCGGUUUCCUGUCCAUGACCGCCCGCGCGGGCGUAGCGCUCGACCCGCCUGUGGACGUCUUUGUGCACCAGAGUAAGCUGCAUAUGGAAGGUUUCCGAAGCCUGAAGGAAGGGGAGGCUGUGGAGUUCACCUUUAAGAAGUCAGCAAAGGGCCUCGAAUCAAUCCGGGUGACAGGGCCUGGCGGGGUGUUCUGCCUUGGGAGUGAGAGACGGCCCAAGGGGAAAACGCUACAGAAACGAAGAAGCAAAGGAGACAGGUGCUACAACUGUGGAGGGCUGGAUCAUCAUGCCAAGGAGUGCAAGCUGCCACCCCAGCCCAAGAAAUGCCAUUUCUGCCAGAGCAUCAGUCACAUGGUGGCUUCGUGCCCCCUGAAGGCUCAGCAGUCUCCCAGUUCACAGGGGAAACCGGCUUACUUCCGGGAAGAGGAAGAGAUCCACAAUCCGGCCCUACUCCCCGAAGCUCAAGAUUGA